AAGGAAAAAAAACAUCACACACUUCUCUACUCCGCAAGUUCAGCGACGACGUUUCUGCCAAAAAAAAACGAAAAACCAGCAAAAAAACAUUCAUCGUUUCGCGUUUUCGGGCUCCGUUCCGCUUCGGGUGUGUGCGAACCAUAAAGUGGUGACCAUUUCCGGCGAAUUCUCCGCGAUUUCCGGUUCCGCGCAGUAAAUUUGCUGAAUUUUGGGCAAAACCUAAAAAGUGAAAGCCUAAAUUCUGCGCUGUUUGUUUUCGUUCUCGGCUGCGGCGGCGACGCAGGAUUCUGGAACAAUCAUCCUCCGGAGGACACACACCUGGUGGUGGUCACUUCCGGCGAAGGGCGCCAGCGCCCUCACGAGGGGACAAACGGAGUAUAAAUCUUACGUAAAUAAAUUUCAAUAUUUGGAGUUGUAAACGCAGGACGAUCCUAUGGCCACCGGAAGUCGUUACUUUUGGAUGGCCACGUUAAAAACCAACGAUUGUCAAAUCUAGACUACACCGUAAUCACAGCAAGAAGCUUUGAAAAACAAUCAAUUCGAGACACAUAACCUGCUCGCAAGCAUGGCGAAGGAGUACGACUACCUGCUCAAGGUGCUGCUCGUCGGGGACAGCGACGUCGGCAAGCAGGAGAUCCUGUCCGGGCUGGAUGACGGCUCGGCCGAGAGCCCAUUCUGCAGCGGGAGUGCGGCCUACAAAACCACCACCAUCCUGCUGGACGGCAAGCGCGUCAAGCUGCAGGUGUGGGACACUUCCGGCCAGGGCCGGUUCUGCACCAUCAUCCGGUCCUACUCGCGCGGCGCCCAGGGCAUCAUCCUCGUGUACGACAUCACCAACAAGUGGAGCUUCGACGGCCUGAGCCGAUGGCUCAAGGAGGUCGAGGAGCACGCCCCGGGCGUGCCCAAGGUCCUCGUCGGGAACCGGCUGCAUCUGGCGUUCAAGCGCCAGGUCGCGGCCAAACAAGCGGAACUGUACGCGUCCCGGAACAAGAUGGCCUGCUUCGAGAUUUCCCCCCUCUGCGACUUCAACAUCCGCGAGUCGUUCUGCGAGCUCGCUCGGAUGGCCCUGCACCGGAACGGGAUGGAGCGGUUGUGGCGCUCGAACCGGGUCCUUCCGCUGCAGGAGCUGUGCUGCCGGACGAUCGUGCGCCGGACCAGCGUGUACGCCAUCGACAGUCUACCCCUGCCGCCGUCGGUCAAGUCGUACCUCAAGUCGUACGCGCUGACCUCGUCCCAGUGUCUGAGCAGUUCCCACCAGGCGCAGGCCCUGCUCGCCCACAACGGACGGCCACUGGCGCCGCUCGCCUCGAACGCCAAGAACCUCAAGUGCAAAACGCCCACCGGAAGUGGCAGCGGCCAGUGGCACCGGAGCAGCGGAACGGGGAUCGGAGCGGGCGGGGGCAUCGGGAACAACGUGCGCAACAGUUGCGUCAUUUCCUGAUUGGGCCGGGCCCUGCGGCGGCUGGUGGUUCUGGCGCGGCCACGACGGCGGAGCAGUUCCGGCCGGAAGAACCAGCAGCAGCAGGGCGGUUGUUGUUUUUAGAGGUUAAGCGAAGGAAGGUUAGUCGUUUUCUUUUUCUUUAUUUUUGCCUUUUUUUCUUUUUAUGUUUGUCUCAAUAAUUUUUAAUCUGUUUAUUUGUAUUAAGGAGCUCAAAGUAUGAUUAUUAUUUGCCUUUUUUAGCGUGGAACGGCCUCAGUUUUAUAGGAGGAAGUGAAAUCGACUCAAAGUGAUCCAGAAUUGAGGUUAGACAUUAUUGUACAUCACCCGCUUUCGGUGGGAUGACAGUUUUACUGAAUUUAAAUUCGAAAUAUAUAAUUCUAAAAUACCUUUUCAAACGGCGUAACCUUACAAA